ACUAAGUGCACUAAAAUGAUGGUAGCAAUUGGUGAUCCCGAUUCGAUUCCGAUGCAAACGCUCGAAGGUACAAGCGCCCGUGAGUUUGAUCUAUCGUUUCGUAAUGUUUCGUACUGUGUGAAGCAUAAGCAUGAUCGUACACACUCCGUCAUUCUGAAGAAUCUCUCCGGAUCAUUCCGAUCGGGACGACUUGUUGGCAUAAUGGGACCUUCGGGCGCGGGAAAAUCAACCCUGCUGAAUGUGCUGAGUGGAUUCAAAAAAAACAACGUCACCGGUCAGCUAAUGGUCGAUGGACAGCGCCUUUCCGAGCGAAGAAGCCGAAAGGUCAUCUCGUACACGCAGCAGGAAGUGUGCCUGUGGUCUGCCCUUACGGUCGAGGAAAGUAUGCGCUAUGCGGCCGAAUUUAAACUCUCGCCGGCGAUCGGCCCAGAACAGAAAAGUGCGCGUGUGCGUGAGCUUCUGCACGUGCUAGGUUUGACUGCCUGUGCCGAUACGCUCACCAGCAAAGUUUCCGGUGGCCAGGCGAAGCGACUUUCGAUCGGCCUGGAGCUGCUAUCUGAUCCCAAAGUGAUGUUGCUGGAUGAGCCAACGAGUGGGCUGGACACGGUAGCCGCCUAUCAGGUGCUGGCCCACGUAAAACAGCUUGCCGCUCGGGGUCGCGUUAUCGCAUGCGUUAUUCAUCAGCCGAACUCUCAGCAGCUGCUGCUGAUCGAUGAUCUGUACGUGCUGGCGAAGGGUCGGCGGAUUUACAGUGGCCCAACGGGGGAAAUGGUGACGCAAUUCGCGCGCUUCGGACUCGAAUGUCCAGUUUCACACAAUCCGGCCGAUUAUGGUAAGGGGCAUGUUUGCGAUUUGUUCAACGGGAAAACCAUACUGUGCUGUACGUGUUGCUUUACUCUUUCCUUCUUCGCAGCGCUUGAAGUAGCCAGCCUUGAUCAGGAAGAUGAACGAUUGAAGCGAUUAAUAAUGGAGGAAGAAAAGGAUAUUUUCGAAUACAAACCACCCCGCUUGAUGGUGGAGAAAAGUGUUGAAGGAUCGUACCAACGAUACGCCUUAUCCACCCUGCAGCAGCUGGGUGUGCUGCUCAAGCGGACGGCCCGAUGUACAUUGCGAGAUUCGUACCAAUUUAAAGCGCGCAUUCUCAUAAACAUCGCCAUCGCCCUCAUCACGAGCGUGGCGUUCUACAACACCGGCAACAAUGCUGACCGCAUCCUAGCCAACACCGCCGUGCUGAUCAUUAAUCUGUACGCCAUCUUCUUCACGAGCAUAGUGUCGGCGGUGCUGGUCUAUCCGCGCGAGUCCGCCUGCUUCGUGCUGGAGAGCAAAAAUAAUUGGUACUCCCUGCGGGCGUACUACUUGGCCAAAAUUGUGGUCGAACUUCCCACGCUGAUUCUUUCAUCAUCGGUGUUCUUUCUUAUCGUGUACUACUUUACCGCGCAACCGUUCGAGUGGCUGCGGAUCGGAACGUUCGCACUAGUUUGCCUCAUGUUUGGUUGGAUUUCGCAAAUGCUGGGACUGCUGCUGGGCAGCAUCAUGUCGGUGCAGAACUCCGUCUUCGUGAGCAUCCUGAUAAUGGUACCGGCAUCGCUGUUCUCCGGCUUCUUCGUACCGCUGCGCGAUGCCAGCGUGCUGCUGAAGCCACUGCUGUACGUGUCCUUUGUGCGGUACGCGUUCGAGGGUGCCGUACACGCGAUCUAUGGGUUCGAUCGAGCGGACCUCGAAUGUCCGGAGGUGUUUUGCUAUUUCCGUCAGUUGAAACGGUUUCUUGAGUUUGUUUCGAUGCCAGACCUGGCCUACGGGUACGAUCUGCUCGCCCUGCUCGGGUGGAUCGUGCUGCUGAUGGGUGCGGUAUACUUUAGUUUGCGAAGAAGAAUCAAGCAGGACUAACCACACAACUGCUAAAUGGU